UGUUCCACCAUGAUUUGCUCAUCUUCAUUAUUGAUUGGCUCUUUGUAUACAUUUUCAUCUACACUUAUGGCGCAACUUAGAGAGCCUUCAUCAACAAUACAUUUGAGUAUUGAAGWGGAAUCUUGGUUAACAAGUAUUACGGUAUUUAUAUGUCCGAUCGGUUUACUCAUAAUGGGAGUGCUAAUGGAUGUAUUUGGUAGAAAAAAAACUGUUCAAAUCAUAUGCGUACCAAUGGGUAUAGGUUGGCUAUUAAUUACAUUGGCCAACUCUUAUACCACAUUAUUAAUUGGAAAAAUUAUACUUGGAAUCCCGUUCGGUAUUUGUACGUGCAUGUWUCUGUAUAUUKCCGAAAUAACACCAGCUGAUCUGAGACCGCUAUACAUAACUUUGGUCGCCUUGUCUGUUAGCCUGGGCAUGGCUGUAGAAUCCAUACUGGCCAUGUACUUCCGGUGGCAAACCAUAUCCAGUAUCAUUUUUACGGUAAACUUGGUCAAUUUCUUCACGCUGUUCAUGGUGCCGGAACCAUCGAUGUGGCUCAGGACAAAGGGACGAGCCACCGAGGCGGACAAAGUAGACAGAUGGCUGGACUUGGGUAAUAUUACGAAUGCAUCGGCUCCUGUGGUCGAACGGACAGCUGUACCCAUAGAAUUUAAUACCAACUCGCAAGUCUCGCCCGUCACACCUAAUGAGUCAUCACCAUUGUCAUCGUCACCGUACUGGUCACUGUUUCUGCGRCGCAACGUGUGGUUGCCRACGGUGGUCACGCUGACGUUCUUUGUCUUCCAGCAGGGAAGUGGGGUGWACGUUCUGCUGUUCUACUCGACAGAUAUUGUCAGAGACUGCAAGAUGCCAUGGGAAAGCAAUAGCAUUUCGUUGUUACUGUCCAUAGCCCGGGUGAUAGGCGUCUUGAUUUUCGCAUCGAUGCACCGCGUCGCGCGUCGGACGCUCGUCAUGAUUUCCAGUGGAUKUAUGGGUGUGUCGCUGCUCAUAGUCAUCGCCUAUAUUAAGGUAUUCGCAGGCGUCCAGGAUCCACCGUUUCAAAUAACUCUCAUUAUCGCAUUCUUAUUAUACAUGCUGUUCGCCCAGAUGGGUAUUCUCCCCAUGCCUUGGAUACUGUGUGGUGAGGUUUUCCCGAUGGAGGUAAAAGGUGUUAUGAAUGGAGUUGUGCAGACAUUCGGAUAUAUUAUUUGGUUUAUGAUUUGCAAAAUAUAUCCAUCACUGGUUUUAAAUUUAGGAAUAGAAAUAGUUUGGUCGAUAUUCGCUUUCUUCUGUAUGUUAAACGUGUUAUUUGCUGUAUUUAUUAUGCCCGAAACUAAGGGGAAAACUCUAGACGAAGUCAUAUCAUUUUUCGAACCAAAGAAGAAAAUUAAGAAUAUCAACAUCCCGUGACSUAUGUUAAUUUAUGUACUUAUGGAA